UCCUCCUCGCUUGGCUGCCUCGGCUCGAGAGCCAACCCCCCCCCCCCCGCUUCCUCGGCUCGCUCCUCCUUAUUGACAAAUACACAAAGGGCCGCGCCGGGCUGGAGACGCGUCUGUGGAGCCGGCAUGGGAGACAAGAAGAGCCCCACAAGGCCGAAGCGGCAGCCGAAGCCGUCCUCCGACGAGGGCUAUUGGGACUGCAGCGUGUGCACUUUCCGGAACAGCGCCGAGGCCUUCAAGUGCAUGAUGUGCGAUGUAAGGAAGGGCACCUCCACCCGGAAACCUCGACCUGUCUCUCAACUGGUUGCACAACAGGUUACACAGCAAUUUGUGCCCCCUACACAAUCAAAGAAAGAGAAAAAAGAUAAAGUAGAAAAAGAAAAAAGUGAAAAGGAAACGACUAGCAAAAAGAACAGUCACAAGAAAACAAGGCCCAGGUUGAAAAAUGUGGAUCGAAGUAGCGCCCAACACUUGGAAGUUACUGUUGGUGAUCUGACAGUCAUUAUUACAGACUUUAAGGAAAAAACAAAGUCGCCACCUGCUUCCAGUGCAGCUUCUGCGGAUCAGCACAGCCAGAGCGGUUCUAGUUCUGACAAUACAGAGAGAGGAAUGUCCAGGUCGUCUUCACCGAGAGGAGAAGCCUCAUCACUGAAUGGAGAAUCUCAUUAAAGUUUAUUUACUCCAGUUUCUUUAGUUUUUCCUCUGCAAACUUGCAAAUGUACACAACUUCUGCCAACAGUUACCACAUUUUCAUGACUUGUUGUCCACAGUGCACGAUUUGUAUGUUUACUCAAAUAUGAUUUAUGCAGUUUUAUACAAAACAAGUGCAGCAGUGAAAUUAAAUUUCAUUGCAAUCUACAAAACCUUUUCAGAUGACUUUUUAAUCUUCAUAUACAAAGGUGCCAUGAAAAUGUGGUUUGAAUGUUCUUGAUGCAGUGUUACUGGUAAGUCCAUUUUCACCUUUAGUUUAGUGAAUUCUAACACAACUCUUGGAUUCUAUACUAUUGGCAUGUACUGAAUUGAAUUUUUUUAUAACAUAGUUCAAGCUGCCUAAAUAUGUAUUAUUUGAGAAUUGUGAAACAUAGUUAUAUGUAUGCAAGUCAAAGAUCAACUUAAUCAACUAUUGCUGCAAAAGACUUUUCGUAAUGAUUAUCUUUAAAACACCUGCUGGUACUUGGUGUGGUUGAAUAGGAAAAAUGAUAUUAAAUAAUAAUAAUAAAAAAACAUUUGUAUGAAUUUUUGCCAAUGUCUGACACAUUUUACUAGAUUACUGUUACUGAAUUACGUUGCUGGCUUCUCCAAUAUUUUCCUCACACAUUUAGAACAUUUAUUGUAAUGUUUACAAGGGAAAAAUAAGUAAAUCUGUUACAAGCAUUAAUUGUUUAGCUUUAUAACUCAAGUAUAGUACUACCUUGUCCUUAUACACUGGUAUUCUAUGUUAUUGAACAGAAAUUUGUUCUCAAAUUAUUAGGCAUUUUCUGUUUUGUUUUCUUUUAAAAUCUAGAUUUUAAUAUCUUAACUGCUGUUGAUACAUCCAAAACGUGAUAAUGUUCUCAUUUGGCUUAUUCUUUCCUUCUCCCAGACUUGCUCAGUGUUAUAGUGAUAUAUCAGUUCAGCUAGAGGCUGGGAUCCAAAGAGGCUCUUACAUUGCAAUCCUGUACAUGUCUACUCAGAAGUAAAUCCCAAUGAGUUCAGUGAGACUUACUUCCAGAUAGUGCAUAUAAGAUUGCAGCCUUAAGUUUACAGAAGAGUUUUAAUGCAGGCUUGCAGUUUCCAUUUUCUUCUCCAGCCAUAGCUCAUUGCACUGCAACAGAUCCCUUUCCCAAAGUUCUUUGGAGCCUUGGGAGUGGGUGGUGCAGGGGGCUGUAGAUGAAAGGUGGUAAGCCUUGGAAGCCAUUCUCUGUGUGUGUAUGUGUGGAUACUCCCUGUGCAGCCUUUUGGAUCCAAGCCAGUGAUAUUAAAUGUUGCACCAGAGUGAAUAAAUAAGCAAGUAGUGUGUAUAUAUAACAUUUGUUCCUAUAUCAGCCUUUUGCUUUGAAAAACAAAUCCUUUAUUAAAUAUUAUAGAGCAAAUCAUAGGAAAAAUGCAGUUCUUUGUUUUUGACAUAGUUGUGAACAUUUAUGCAUUUAGCAAUAUAUAGAUACAGAACAAGAUUUACAGUCCCAGUCGGUAUUAUGUAAACUUUCCAAUAAAAUAUUUUUAUGAGUAUA